AUGAACCCGGCGCAAGGCACCCCCAAGCAAAAGCGCCGAGGGAAGCCUUCCCUUCGUCUGAACAGACACAGUCAUGUCCAGCCUCCUGACCUUGAUUACUUUUCCAAUGACCAUUUCUCCAGAUCCUUUAAUUCGUUGAUAUUGGACGAUAUCCAUGACGACCUCAAACCAAAACGUCCAAUCAACAAGUCUCCUCCGUUCAAUGUCAAGCACGAGGUGGGCUCUGGCGAGGUUGACGAUGACAUUGGAAGCUUUACCGAUGAAGAUGAAGAAGAUGAACAGGAUGAUGGCGAAUUACAUCAAUCUCAUGUUUCCGAUUCCGAUAGAACUGCUACGGUCACCAUCGACGAUGCUUCCACUGCAACUCCAAAAUCUGGCAGCAAACCAUUGUUGAAACGUUCCUCCAAGUACUUCAACUUAUCGAUCGACUCCAACUUUGAUCCUCGCCUGUCACCAGCAUUAGACAAGUCAACGCCUUUCAAUAAGUUUAAACGUCCUCAUAAACUCGUCAGCCAGUCUCCAUCACCCCAACAUACCAGCAAAUUCCCACAGGAGGGUGAUACGCCGUCAAGAACGGACUUGAAGUCCCACAAAUUGUUCAAAAAUGGAAACAAGAUUCGUGUUCGUUCCCCAUUAAACAAGGAUAUUUAUUUGAAAGCGCUUCUCAAGAGCCCGAAUCCAAAUUUCAAGUGUUCCUCGCCCAUCUUUGGUGGAUACGACCCAUACAACGCUGAAGAUGAAUCGCCACUGAGGAACAAGAGAUAUCAGUCCAAUGCUAGCGUACCUAUCUACAAUGACGACGUCAGAGAGAUCUCAGCCAGCAGGAAGAAAACACAGAGCACACCGAAUAUUGCAUCAAAUGAUAAGGAGAACCAACAGGGCUCCCUAAAAUCGUCAUACAAGUUCGUUAAACCUUUGCAAACAGCAUUUAGAUCUACGGGUCUCAUGAAGAAAAACUCAAUGCCAAGUUCCAAUAGCAAACUACCGCCUGAAACGCCAAUGAAGAGAAAUCCGCUUACUUUAUUGAACAAGGAAAACAAUAGUACGAAUGAAACGGUCGACUCCAUUAUGAGUCAUGACCAUUCAAUUGAGGUAGGAAGGAAUGCUGUUAUGUCUACCGCCAACGACUCGUCGUCCUCGUUCUUCCACAUUGCAUCGUCUACAGAACCGAAAAAGUCCUUCAGUCUUGACGUUGACCUAUACAACGACUUUGAUUUGGAUGAUUCUGUCCCUGAGACCCCAACAAAAUCAAGCAGCAGAAAUAAAACGCUAUGGGCCCUCCGGACGAAAUCACCCAAGCACCAAUCCGUUCAGCAUGUUCAAAACAACGACCACAAUGAGCCAUGCACGCCAGUUCUGAACUUCCCUUCACAUUCUGUUGCAUCUUCGCAGGCUACGAUCAAUCUUCCAAGUGGAUUGGUUGACAAUUCACACCACGACCUGACGCUCACGAUAUUACCAAGUAACCGGGCAGGUGAAAGCGGUUUUGAUGGAAAUAGCACUGACCAGUUGGACGAGCAUCUAAUAGGAAAAUUUGGCCUCAAGAACAUCAAUCAUAUUGGUACCGGACAGUUUUCUGUUGCGUUUAAAUGCAAAUUCCAGAACGAAAGGUUUGCAAUUAAGCGUACCAAGAAGCCUGUGAUGGGAAAACUUGAGAGGGAUGCGAUCCAUAGAGAAGUUGAUGCAUUGAGAUCUCUUACGGCAAUUGAUGACGAAACGGAGGUCGAAGAAGGAAAACAGCAUUUGGUUUUAUUUGUUGAAGCAUGGAGCUUUAAUAACUAUUACUACAUCAUGACAGAAUUUUGUGAAGGAGGCACGUUACAGGCUUUUCUCGAUGAACACAAGAAUUACAAAGUGGACGAAUUCCGGGUGUGGAAGAUAUUGAUAGAGAUCAUGUCGGGCCUCAAGUUCAUUCACCUGAAGAAUUUUUUGCAUCUUGACUUGAAACCAGCCAAUAUUUUCAUUACUUUCGAAGGAUGUCUCAAGAUUGGCGAUUUUGGGCUUGCAACCAAGCUACCGAUCUUGGAGAAAGAUUUUGACCUUGAAGGUGACAGAAAUUACAUUGCUCCAGAACUCAUCAACGAUAAGAUUUAUACCCCAUUUGCAGACAUCUUCAGCGUUGGUCUCAUAAUCUUAGAGAUUGCAACCAAUAUCAUAUUGCCAGGAAAUGGAACGCCGUGGAGGAAACUAAGGAGUGGUGAUUUAAGCGACGCUGGAAAGUUAUCAAGCGAUAACAUAAGCGAUUUCUUGAACCACAACAACUUCUCAUCCCUAACAUCAUACACUUCGUCGCUGAAUUCUCUACAAGUACCUCCAUCAGGACAUCAUCCAACUUCCUAUCCAAUGGCAAAUGAAAUGAACCCAAACCUGUUGCAACCUCCAGCAACAGCCACGGGCGGCAAAGGCGGGUCUUCUGCUGUCCCACUGUUUGGGCAAACAACAUCAGGAAUGGUGGAGAAUGUGAGAGACUUUAUCCCUCGCAAUGCACCCCAAUUCCUUGUUGUUAACAAGCACAAUCUCGAUAGGCUUGUCGGUAGAAUGUUGAAGCCAAGUCCUUUUGAAAGGCCAACGGCUUCACAAAUUCUAGAGAUGCCUGAAUGUGAAGAGAUCGAAAACAAGAGGAAAGCAGGUGCUACGAUUUUCGAAGGUGAGUUCGGACCUAACGAUGACGACUAG